CACAUGGGGUCAACCCUCCGUGCCCCCCCGGCAGCCGCCAGCAUCGGUGCCGUGAGGAUGGGAGACCCCUUCACCUACUGGAGCGGACCCCCGUCCCGCAGUGAAUAUGAAGACGGCCCCCACGGCCCCACCAGCUUCGCCCGACCCAGCGCCAAAAGCAUCUACAAUCAGCGCAAGGAUUACGGGCAGACGCUGCUCAAACCCCAAAGCAACUUCCAGCAUCCCGUGGAGCAUCUGCUGACCCUACGCCUGGAGCGGGAGCUGCGCAGCGUGGAGGACUGCGUGGGGCGGCUGCGGGAUUUGGAGGCGCAGGGGAAGGUUUGGGGUCAGGAUCUCCUCCUGGGGGUCCGGGAUCAGGACCUGCUGCUGAGCGACAUGGAGAGCAGGGAGGACCUGGACUCGUUCCCGCUGAGCAGCAUUCAGGACUGUGUGGUCACUCCAGACGUGGGCAGCUACGAUUCAGUUCUGGCCAUCAGCGUGCAGGAAACGGGCUGGGGGGGGACCAGCGUGCUGCUCUUCCAGUGCCACCACACUGGGUGUCAUCCUGCGGCCGCUGUUGUCGCAUGCCGAGGUCGCUGCGGGCCGCCCCGCUCCGUUCCCGCUGACCGCAGCGCCCUCCAUCAGCGCUGCCCCCCCCCUCCCCUCCCUCCAGCGCUGCCCAUCGGAGUGCCGGGGGGGUCCUGGGGGUCGCUGAGCUGA